UACCACCGCUUCUAAGAUGCUUUUCUUUUUAGACUUUAACAGUAGAAUUAUUUAUCCUCCACUUCUCUGCAAUAUUUUUCUUUUUUCUGUAUCAGCAGCUUUAUAUGAGAAAGUGAAGCAAAUACGUGACAUACAUUCAACAUUGUGAGAGAAUUUAAGAGGAUGGCUGUGCAAAGCUGUAAACAGAUUAUUUACUCACCAUGGCAUCCAGUUACAGCAAACCAACAUGAAGAGGAGCUUUACUAAGGAAUGCGAUGCCUGGACUCUUGAAAAAGACUUUUUUCUCUAUGGCAUCAAUCCUUAGCAUUGCAUCUGCUGUGCUGAUAAUCGUUGCGCUUUCUACACAGCAGUGGGUGACUGGAAGUAUCUUGUGCAAGACUGGAGCUGAGCUGGUGAAUGCUUCGGACCCAGAAAUGAAUAAGUUUAUUGGGGAAAUUUACUACGGACUCUUUGAGGGUCGAAAAAUAAGGCAGUGUGGCCUGGGAAGGCGGCAAACAAAAAUUUACAUGUUCCCUAAUCUGGUGAGGAAGUUGAAUGGUGCUCUUCAUGUUUUUAUCAUUUUAUUUCUCUUCAUCACCAUCACAUUUGCUCUAGUCAGUUUUGGGUUCUGUGUAUACAAUGCAAGGAAGAUUCCGUACCAGUCAAUAAAGGGACCUGCAGGCAUUUACUUGUGGAAUUUGAUUGCAGGGUUGUUUGGUGUCUUUGGAGUUGUCAGCUUUAUUGCUGCUUUGAAGCUUCAUCGAUUAACAGAGAGAAUUGCCAAUUUUAAUGAACAUAUAUUCCAGUUUGUUGCCUUGGAAGAACAUUAUGGCUUCUCUUUCUGGUUGUGUGUAGCAAGUACUGCAACCCAUGGAGUUAACUUUCUUGUAGUGGCCAUCACUGGAAUUCAUUUCCCCAAGAUGCAGAAAAAGCAACCAGAAGAACCCACUGUAACUGGAGAAGAUCUUUUGUACUGAUGAUUUCCCCUUCCUUCAAAUCAGAAAAAUGAAGAUGCCUGAAUUUCAACAGUUACUGCUUUGAAAGUCAUGAAUGCAAUGCUUUUAUGUGUAACAGAGCUAUUGCAUGAUUGGCAUAGUGCACACUAGGACAAAGUCAUUAGAGAAGGCAGACAAGGGAUUUUAAAUGCUUCACAAAAGCUAUUUUUCUUUUAAUCUGACAACAGUUAGAUUUAAAUUUUAUUUUAAUAUGACCAGAGAUAAUUG